GUACGGACGCACAUGAACGCCACGAUCCCUUGGUACAACUCGCAGGGCGAGCGCAACUUCGCCCGCCACAUGGGGGUCAACGACCGCGAGCAGAAGGAGAACCUCAGCACACAGAUCAAGACCAUCUUGUCGUUUGGGCUCGCCAAUGAUGCCCGGGGCGUGCCCACGUGCCAGCUCAGCGAGGGGGACGUCCCUCCAUAUCGUUUGUUUUCACGGGCUCACCUGGCUACCGCGUUCUAUAUGUGCUGCGACAAUCCGAAGUGGAGGGCGAACGAAAACGCGCAGGCCGCUUUGGCUAAAGGCCUCACCCGCGUGCAAGUAUAUCAGUGCCGUGCGCCUGACGAUGCCCUCGUAUGGAUGAAAGAUUUCCUCAACUUCGACUUUAACCAGAAAGCCGGCAUCAAUUUUGUGGAAACAAUCGAAUGGGGCCGCAAAAUCAACGCCGAGCUGGCCGCCUACGAGCAUCUCAACCCAGGGUGGGCCACUGGCAGCGACGAGAGUCGGCGCCAGAAGGUCUGGCAGUGGAUCAAGGACAACUACAAGGAUCAGGCGAAGCAGGGCAUCAUCCCAUCAAACAACCUGUACGAGCUGGUGAGGUACAUCGCCGAGAGGUUCAACGAGAUCGACGCCGCUGAUCCCGGCAAAGACUCGUGGGCUAUCUUCCGAAAGCAUAUGCUGGAUUGCUGCGUGUUCGGGGAUGGCAGGAUCAAGAACUACACCGUGCUCGAGUGCCUGAAGGCUGUCCUCUCAACGUUUUGCGGCAUGCUCAAUAACAAGCCUGUCACGGUGAAUGCCACCCCGAAGCUCAUCCGCAUGAUGAUGGAAGAGUGCGUCAAGUUCUUGGUGCCGACGGUCAGCGACAACAUCGAGGACAGCGUCGAGGACAACGGCAUUUCUGUGGUCUUGGACAAGAACGCUUCGCGUGUGUCAUGGCAUUUGAUCAAGCUGUCGAAGACGUCGGCCGCACUCAAGAGCAUGUUCGUGGACAUCUCGAGCGGGAAGUUCUACAAAGCUACUCAGAAGUCGAUCGACAAGUUGCGCGAGCUUAAGCUGGCGUCGGACAAGACCGAUGAUAAGUCUAAGACCGAUGAGAAGCCUGAGUCUAAGCCCGAUGAGAAAUCUAAGCGUCGCAGGAUCUUGAGGAAGACUCCUUCGCAGGAAGAGGCGGAGAAGAGACGGCGGGAGGCUGACCGCAACAAGGACCUGCAGAAGAUUGCGGUGGGCGCGGCGCCCGGGGCCGCCGCCGAGGGCGAGGAGGGCCAGCAGAACAAGGGCCAGCAGAGCGAGGGCAAGCAGAACGACGUCAAGCAGGAGGGCAAGGAUGAUGGCAAUGACAAGGCGUCGGACAAGGACAAGGACAAGGGCAAGACUCGCCGCGCUGGUAAGGCCGCUGCAGCUGGGGGCGCCGUGGAGAUCAAGCACAUGGAGGCCGUGCGGAGGUUGUGCUUGUGCAAGGAGAAUGGGGAGACGAUCAUCCCUUGGAUCGAGGACGCCAUCCUGGCGCACAACGCGUGCGUGGCCGAGGCCCUCGGCAGCAAGGGCAUCACUGCUGCCAUGCGCGCUGCCUCGGACACCGCCGUGGACGAGGUAGUUUUCGGCGGCACCUCCAAGGACUCCAAGAAGACGCUCGCGGGCUGGAACGCGGUCCGAGGCGACGUCAAAAAGAUGGUGGUGGACAGGAUCAGGAAACGCUGCUUGCAGCUCGAUGGGGAAGACGACGACGCCAUGGGCGGCGACGAGUAUGAUGAUACCCCACAGACUGCUAUGGAGGCGAGCAUCGCGAAGGCGUUUGGGAAUAUGACUCUUGUUGCCGCGUUGCGGGAGUUCAUCUCAUCAAAUCCGUAUGACACGCCCGUGACGUUCCUGCCAGUCUACAUGGAUGUAUCUCAGCGGGCCUGGAAGUUCUUCGAGGCUGAGAUGAAGGACGAUCUCUACAGGAAGUCCGACGCUGCUGUCAAGGUGGUGCUGUCUAGCAUCGUCGGCUGGGUCUUUCAGGCCAUCGCCGCAGCAGAGCUGGUAUCGCUGGAGGACGAGACCAUGGGCCCCAUCCAGAAGAUUGGCUUCGUGUGGGCGGACCCCGAAGCUUACCCCAACUUCAAGGUCCCAGAGGUGGUGGAUGACAUCUUCGAGAGCGUGAACGCCGUGCAGGGAUUCAUGUGCCUCCGCUCCAAGAUCGUGGCAGAGGUCGCGUGCUCUUUGCUGGCCAGGACCAAGACCAAAGUUACGUGGGCGACAGAGGAAGGCGUGGUGCUCAAGAUAGAGGCAGUGGACGGCGUGAUGAGCGCGUUGAGGAUGCUGAGUUCGAUCGCGUCCCUGGCCAUCGAUGAUCACGCCAAGGCGACGCUGAGGCCGCAGCGGCUCGACUUGUCCGUAGCGCGCGCCACCGCGCAGACCGUUCUCGGCAUCCAGGAGGCCAGCAGGGCGGCCCAGGACGAGCUCGAGAAGCAAAUUGCCGAGUUGGAGUCGGCCGCGCCUGGCGGCGAGGCCGUGGUGACCGCCGCGGCAAGCUUGGUGCCAGAGCUGCGCCCGGCAGAGGAGCAGCGCGAUCCAACGCUGCAUCUGGGCACGCUGGCAGAGGCGAUGAGCCGCCAGAGAACCGCCGAUACGGGUUGCCCGAAGGGGGCAGAGCUGAGGAAAACUCUGGGGAUUGACCACGCCAGCUUGACCACGCAGUGCAUCAUCAAGUUGCCAGAGCACGAGAUCACCGCUGCCUUCGUGAAGCAGCUGUCCGUGCACUUGGAGCCGGAGUUCCUGAACUUAGCGUUCCAGCCAGAGGAUGAUCUCUUCGAGAGCGUUACUCUCGAUGUGACGCCGCCUGCGGGUUCUGGUGCUGGGUCUAAGCCCGCAGUGAAGCUGCUCUCCAACAAGAAGCUCACGGAGUCUUUCAAGAUGUACUUUGCUGGCCACGUUGGGCCUGCCAGGGGCAAGACGGCCGCGUUCCAUAUCACCACGAUCGCUGGGAUUACGCCUAACGGGAAGGACGAGAGUCACAUUCAGGUCCCAUUGUUCCUGACCUUCGACCCCGUUGAGCACAGCAUUACGGGCAGCUGCCCUAUCCCCGCUUGGAUGGUCGAGAGGCUCGAGACCAACGUCGACGCCAACAAGACUGGUCGUGGCAAGAAGCGGACUGCUCAGCAGACCCCCCCGGGGCCAGAUGAUGCAAAGCCGCCCGAGGAGCUCCCGACUUUGGCAGUGGGCAUGGAAGUCGUGCAGUUCGAGCUCCCCGAGUUUCUGGCCGCGAGCGCGGCCGACGGCGAGGGGGCAGUGUCGACCAUCGACGCGAGGUGCCCCGUGCUCGAGCCGACUGCGCAUGGAUUGGGCCAUGGUACUGAGCAGGCGCCCGUCAAGCUGAGCAGGUCGGACAAGUCGGAUAUGAUUGACCUCGGGCUCGGCAUGGGUGCCAAGUACGAGGGCGCGUGCUCGGCGGCGAACGGCCCGGCGAACGGUGACGGGGGCGACGCGGGCAGGGCGGCCGAGGGGGCCGCGGCGGCGACGCUCGCCGCUCUCAGGUCCAAGGUGCUCGAGGGCAUCCCCAAGAGUGCCUGCGCGCACCUGCUGAAGUAG